GGAAAGACGCUGCGCACACAGAGACAAAGUAUUCUUUUUGUAGUUGUAGUUAUUGUUGUUGUGUUAUGUAUUUUUUUUUUUACGUAUGAAAUGAAUGUUGACCAAUGGCAAGGCCUGUUACUUGGAUGUGCUGGCAUGGAGCAUGAGGACGCCAGUCACAGAUAAACAUUGAUUGACCGGCGCCACGGCACUGGAACGGACAGGAAAGCAACGAGAUUAUUAACAAAAGAAGAAAUAAUAUAUAUAUACAUACAUAUAUUUAUAUACAUGUAUGUCUAACGAGAAGCACCUCAUACAUUCACUUUUAAUUAACGCUGUUUCAUAAAUACAAAUACACAAUAUAUUAUAUUAUAUUGAAAUCUCCAUUUUCUGAUGAACAACGAUCGUUGAGGCCAUACAUUCAGUAGUUCCCUAAUACGCCCACAAGCCGUCUCCACACGAAAAACAAGUCACGACCUUUUUUGGUAAUGCCUAAGCAGUUUCUUGGCUAUCGGAAAGCAGAAGGAUGCCCUCAAAAAAACCAAGGUGAAGACAUGAAUAACCAGCCUUACUCAGGUGCAGAAAGACAUGUCGAGAAAGUUCCACAUUCUGGGGUGGAGACCUCUCUUUCGUCCCGCGUCUCUGCUCCGACCAGUCGGCCAACUCAUGUCUAUCCACAGCAGUCACAGCACCAUGCUACCGAUCAUAUUAAUACAUACACAAAACCUGCAACAUCCUUACCUGCUGCCACCCAUUCUUCGAUAUCAAAUGUGUCAAACAUACUUCCAACAGGAGUGAGGGCUGUGGAUGGCAGAAUUGGUAGAGCGCUCGGCAAAAUGCCUUCAGUAACCAUCUGUAACAACGUCGAUGCUCUGAAGACCUGCAACACCUUAAGUUCGAGUGGUGCAUCCAACAUUCAUGUGCCAUUUGCGCCUCAGACCAGUGUCCUGCAGUUGGCUACCACGACAGUGCCCACGGUGGUGGAAACCUCUUCAACAAACCCUUCCAUGUCUCUUGCUGCAAACUCUCCUGCAUUUCGAAGCAGUGGUGUAGGAGGAGGGGGCGGAGGUGGUGGUGGAGGAGCUGGAGGAGGAGGGGUUGUGUCCACAUGUGGUCAGUCAACACCAGCAGGGCACCAUAUGCCCACAUUUACUUCUCAUUUACCCAGAGGUGCAGCUGCUGCGUCUGCUCUGUCUGUCCCGAAACCCGGUUCAAGCAUGUCAGCCGCCGCUGCUGCUACAGUGAUGCGUCCCAACCAGCCUUCUCCCAUUCUCAGCAACACUAAUGUCUUCUCUCAGAUGAACCGGAACUCUCUAAUUUCAACGAUAAAGCCCACAGCCCCUACAGUUACAGGUCCACGUGCUAACCAGCCGAGUAUGGCAGGUGCAGCACCCACCUCACAGAUCAUUUUGCGAUCGGAAAAACCAAGGAUUGAAAAACAACCCAAAAAGCACAAUUUAUUUUUCAGGCAAAAUAUGCCUGUGUACAGUGACAGUGCCGCUGUGGUUACUGCUGCUCAGUCUACAAACUCCAACAUUCACAUCACCCUAAAGAAGAGGAACACCACUGAUGCCACUAAGUCGCAGGUGAUGUUUAGCCAUGGACAGGGCAAGGCCCUCCCUGUCAACCCUAGCAUUUCCCAUUCAUCACCGACAACUGCAACGGCUGUCGCAUCAAAGAUGAUAUCUCAAGCAUCCUUAACUCCUCUGGCACCAAAUAUUGCCAUAAAACCAGGUGGUGCUAAGUGGAAUACUGUUAACCAGUUAGUUGAUCUGACCAAGGAGGCAUCGAAAUCAAUGGCUACCAAGACCUUAGCAGCGAUCAGCAUGCCUAACCAACCAGCUGCCACGUCCAGCAGUUCUGUUACCCAAGCUGCUGCAGUCUCAACCACAGCCACGACGUCUACGACAUCAAUACCUUCAUCCAUACCAAUUGCUAAAGUGACACCACAGCGUCAACAAGCGUCAUCACACAUCACGCAGGCUGCAGCAGCGGCAGCGGCAGCAGCAGUGCACCCCAUAAACCAGGAAACGCGAUCUGAUAGCCAAAGCCAUGGUCAACCAACCCAGACUGCUGCCACCAACAACUACUUCAUCCCUGCCCAGGCCCCAAGAGCAUCAGCAGGUUGUACUUCUUUGGCCACCACUAUAUCAAGUGGUAACCCUACUGUUACACACACUGACAACAGACAAGAAGGCCGUGCCACAGUUGUACCACACAUGCAGCAGUAUAUGCAACCAGAGUUGAUUUAUAAGAUGUCCUACCCUGUUUAUCCUAUGUCUCAUGCCACUGUUCGGCCAAGUAUUAUAUCGAGUAAUACUGCUAACUACUCUACCACACUACCAACAGCUGGCGGUCACUGUAUGAACCUGACUCAGAACACCUCUGCUAUGCAUGUUAACUCUAUGCUAGUCGCUGUUGAUCCCCUGCGAGGUUCGUUUCCUGUGACGUCUCAAUACACUCCAGCACAGGCUGUCAGCACCACGAUGACAGCAAACACCACCACUCCUGUAGUAACAGCCACGCAAGAAAUGACUCCAACAGCUGAGAUUGUGAGUUGUUCAGCACCAACCCCUGUCAGCAUUUUGAGUGGAGCUGCCCUCAUACAGCAGGCUCCUAGUAGUCUCCCCAAUAACACUAACACUCCAAAUAUCAACAAUUCUUCACCGAGACCAAGUAUUCUUCGCAAGAGACCCAACGAUGGUGCUGCUGUCAGUGUGAAGAAAUCAUUUGGAUUACACUCUUCAAGCUCAACUGAAAUCACUCAGAGUCCAAGACAAGAUUCCAUACCUCAGUCCAAUACAAGUUCUCCGAAAACUCCAGCUGGCCCUUUGGUGUAUUGCAGUGACAAUAGCCAGAGUUCUACAGACACUGCCUUAUCUACUGAAGCAGGAAGCACCAUUACUCCAACAUCAAUUGGGGACUGCAGGAACCAGAGUGAUUGCUUGGAGACCCAUGAACAAAAUGGUGUCGUUUCAUCGUCAUUGCUGUCCACUUCAAUUCUACCUAAUCUACAAAACAAUGUUGAAGCUUCACCUCGCAAGAAACCACGUAAACAAAUGUUGAAUGCCAAUGAGGAGCUGAAAGACAACACUUCCACCGAUGAUGAAUACGACAAGCUGGACAAGAUGGAAGAAAGUAAAGAGUACAAGUCAAGGGAGAUAAAAUCUGAAGUUAAAGACGAAUACACAGAUGAAGAAGGAGUUCGAUGGACAACAGAGAAACGUCGUCCCAACCUGAGUCUCAUCAACUUUUAUUCCAUGUCAUGGAAAGUUCGCAACAAUCAUUUCCAGCGCCAUUCUGAUGUCAAAUCUAAAGAAGACCGGCGUUCUUCAGUGAAUGAACUGUCCAACCAGCGAGGUGUUGUUCAAAAAGCCAGUGGCUGGAAGUUAUAUUUCUUGGCUACACAGUUAGAAGACAUGAAUGAUAUGGAAAAAGUAAUCUGUAAUCAGAUGUGUAAAUUACAAGAGACAAUUGCACCAAAGGCUUUGAGUAAACAAGGGACACAGGACAGUGAUGAGGUCCGGCUACAUGAACUUACUCAGGCCAAUAUCCAACGUUGUAAACUUGUCAUUGAUCAGUUGAGUGAAGCUCACGACUCAAUGUUAAAAAUACUUGACCACAAAGAUCACAUUCUGGAGAUCAUCAACAAAAACAUCAGUAAACGGCCCAUCAAGAAGAAAGAACGGACGUAGAAUUAAUCCUUCUCGUCUUUGUCUUCGUCUUCUAUUCGCUGUCGCCGCCACCACUACCACCACAACCACCAUCUCAUCUCCAUCCUCAUCUUUCUCUAUUCCAUUUGGUUACGAGAGCUUUGACUGUCUGCAUGAGUGUGUGAAAAAGUGCCUGAGUGGACACAGAUUUUUUUAUUUUUAUUUUGUGUGUUUAAAGCUGGAUAAACAUGGCAGCACUUCCAGCUGCAAAACAUUAAAAGAAGCAGAAAAUGAAAUAAAUGUGUGCGCAUGU